AUCGACGUCACCCAUCGCAACUAUAUAAGAUGCUCCCCUUUCCCUCUCUUGUGCACGCACUUUCUACCUCGUUUUCCUUUCCAAUGUCAGCCUUCCCUUGUUCCCCCCUCUUCAUCGGCGAUCGCCGAACCCUGACGCCUGUAUCCCUCCUCCUCUUGACAAACGGUGGGCCGGCUCACCGCCACCUGCAUCCCUUAUCCCCUGCAAGGGCGACGACAUAUUCAAUUUCCUUGCUGGAGGCGAAGCUUAAGCUUGGAUGAUGAGGUGUUAGCGGGCUGCGCAAGCUGGAUGGUAUCGGCUGGUAUGCCUUGCAACAUCGACCCCUGCUGGUUAUCCUCACCACAGAACUCACAUGUAAUUUAGUCAUGUUCCUAUAUCUGCAGUGAAAUGGAUUGUUGUAGCCAAUCUAGGCAUCAUUUGGGGUUUCUUAAUAGAUUAUGAUCAUCCUGGCGCUGCCUUCUUCUUGCUCAGGUUGCAUUAGGGAGUUACAUAUGCCGUUCGCAGUGUGAGAGGCUGCUAAGAUGGGCUCGCCGUGCUUUUCGAAUGUGGUUGGGGAGACGGUUCUUGGUCGGCUUAGCUCAUGCCAUGCGCUGGUUUGGGUCAGAAAAUGGCACCCGCUCCUUUGGCACAGUGAAGCUCAAGCCAUCUUGCUCUGCAUUGAGCCAGUGAGUGCCGCACUUCUGAACCUGCUAUAUAGAUGGCCUUCUUCCUCCCGCAAAAUUGUGAACCUCACCAGCGAGAUUGAACCAAACAGCCCGUGAGACCAUUUCAGAGCAGGUGAAUAUCAUUUGGCCCCCAUGGAGUUCAUCAACUAUACCCCCUCUCAGCCAGAACGUAAAACCUUUCAAGCCCAUCCCGAUCACUUUCGCCCUCCAUGCUCUACACCCACAACACUCCCUCUCAAACCCCCCAGGCCUCUCCAUCCCCUCUCCCUCUUCCCCUUCUGCCUACCUGGCCGUCCUAAUGUCGCCAACCCCCCUCCAUACUCUACAUCUGUAUCUCUCCAGACUCAGCCCAUGCACCCUGUAUCACUGAAACCACAUCCCCUACCCAGCCGUCCCCCUUCCAGUGUCCCACCGUGCGCCCCACUUCAAGGCGGCCGCAACGGCCAAGAUCUGGCACAGGCUAUUGUGCUGAACGAUUUCGAUAAGGCCUUUAUAGAGAAUGGAAUUGCCGAAGGCCUCGACAGCAAGAGCUUUGUGGACUUGACCACUGACAUCACUUCUUGUGGCGACAUCAUCACUCUAGAUUCGCGGCCGCACCCGUACGAUGCAAGACAUGAUCCCAUAGAUUUUCACAAGAGGAAUGAGGAUCGAUGCCAGGAGAAGACGAAUGAAGCCUCACCUAGUCUGGAGUUGUUCCUGGGCUCCAUUACGACCCAAUCCGCUUCGUUGGCGGAACCACUCACCAGAAACGGUAAAUCGAAUCCUCUGUCGGCAUCAGAGGAGCAACCUCACUUGUUGGAGUUGAAUAGGGAGCAAGAUGAAACACUCAAUCAAGAAUCCCCACAUGGCAGCCAAGAAACAGACAUCAGUACUAAGAGUAGCACUACAGCACAGUGGGGCUCCGCAUCCUCAGAUGAGAAUGCAGAUUCUACUUCUGCCAUGUUGGUGGCUCACUCUGUGAAACUGGAUCAACAUAAGGGCAAGACUGACGCUGACGCCUACGCCUGCAACACUGGGCAAUGCCAAUCUCCCUUCACGGGACGGUACCGCCGAUCCGAUGUCGGGUCAAUGGAGUCUAUGGAGUCUAUGGUCGCGGUUGUGAUUCCAUCCAUCUCCCAUUGCCAUCGAGAAGACCCGGAAAAAAUCAAGGGGAACGAAAGUGCACAGCAUGACCCCGGGACCCACCAACGGAACACCCGGUCAAAAUCAAAGCGUAAAAUUUUGAUUGAGGACCGUCAUCUUCCCGGUAGCCCCACACAGCCUACAGAUGACAACUGGGGGAAGUGGGACAUAACCGGCACGACUGAUCCCUCUGAUGAUUCGGACGGAGAUUACACCGCGAGUAGCGACGGCGGUGAUUCAGUGAAGCAGCAAUCAAAGCGGCGCAAGAUUUCCUCACGGUCAGCCGCUACCACAUCAUGUCGACCACAAUCUCGAUCUCGGGGUGCGCGAGCCGUUGGGCAUCAUCAAGAGGUCAAGCGGGCGCCUCGCAGCGGGCGAUCAGUGGCUGCCACGGAGCACUCUAUAAGCUCCACACGCGUGGAUCACGAAUGGUGCACACGCUGCGGUCCGGUGGCACCCGCCGGUGGCACCCGCCGGCGGCUCCGAGCAUACUUUUAGCCCGCGGCUGUUAUCCCCAGAGGACAUUUCCGCGCUGGUGUCUGCCUUUGCUCAAAGGCUCCUCGACCUCCGUAGGAAUCCUUCAACGGACGCCGAGCGUGCCAUGGAUGGUGAGGUAGCUGAGGUCGACACCGAAAGUGUGGACAAGGAUCCAGGGACCGCGGAGCUGGACAAGAAGAGAUCUCGGUGGACCCAGGGUGAAGAUGAGCGACUAAAGGAUCUGAAGACGCGCGGCUGGCGUUGGUGGGAGAUCAAGCAGCAGUUUCCACACCGAAAAUUAAACGCCCUGCAGCAGCGAUGGUCCUCAAAACUCCGGGAAAGGGGAGCAUCGCCGAUGACUGACACAUGGAAGUGGAAGAGAAAGUGCAAGCCAAUCAUCGUGACUACACCAUAGUUCCAACGGGGCCUCGAUCCCGCCUAUGGCGUUAAUGUUGGACGCAAAAGGGUGCUAAACAUGCUUCAUGCUGGCUGCGGGAAGUCAGCGAAGUUUUGGCACUCACAGUAUCUCUGCUCAGUGGGGUCUGAUCCGGGGCGCCGACAGCUAGAUUGUCACUUAGCAACCAUCCAUAGCAUAUUAUAGAAUUAAAUUAAUACAUGAUGAGCCUCAGCUGCUUCAACAGUGAAAGAGGAGCUGACUCGUUUUUCUUCAUCUCUAAUGGUAAUUUAUUAAGCGAGAAGAAACCAGGGUCGAAUAACAAACUUUCACCUGAGCAUAUGAUUAGACAGUAGCAAUACAAUAAAGCUGACUAGACUCCCAUUC